CCUAAGGUACAAUAAACUUUAACAAUGUCAAUUUAACAACAACUUACUUACCUCUUACACACCUUCUGACUCUACAUCCUGCAUAUACAACAAAAUACGAUCACAAUGCUUCCCCCCCUGGAUGAGGCCGUCCUCAAGCAGAACCCAGACUUCGAUCGUCUCUACAAAACUCUCACCACCUCGCUUCUCAACCCAGACGGGUCGACCCGGAGCAACGAUCCGGCAGCUAAGAAACGGGAAGCUGUACACAAUGAACUCAGAGCCUACCGUCUCAAGGCCACGAAACAGCAUCUCCUCCGCCGCGCGAUAGCAGCAGCAGCUAGCCCCGAACCGAGCAGUAGAACGAACGCGAACAGCAGCGCCGCUUCAUCUAAGCUACAACCACCACAACAAGACCUAUCUCAGCCUAAUCGACGGACAAGACCAAGGCCUCAAACACAGACGUCUACACAAACUCAGGCCCCUCCUGCCGAGAUUCUCGAUUUACUACUCCUACUACCGCCCUUCCUCUCCAAUCCCACCUCUUUAUCGCCCUCCGCGCUAGCUCUACUCCUUUCCCGUCCGCCAUUCUCCGAUCUUCCUUCUCUAUUCCCUCUCUUGACCGCCACCAUCUCUACCACGUUAUCUCGUCAAGCCGGCUCGCUAGCUCGUGUGCUCAACCCGCAUACCAACCCCUCUUAUAUCCACCGCUCUGUCCCCGCCCUCGCGUCAACAACUACCGCCUUGCUAUCCACUAUAUCAAGCUCCUCUCUGGCGCUAUCGCUCGCCCGCCAGCGCGCUGCUUACGACUUAGCGUCCCACCUCUCACAACACGCGGCGAUCAUAGCCCAGCUCGUCCGCGUGCUCGAGUCCAAACAUGGCCCCGCCGCGCGAUCCGCUGAGCUGCGCGCGGAGGAAGCCAACCUCUCCGUGCGCGCUUGGACUCUCGCUGCCGAGGCCUUGCUCUGGGACGCUCGACGUACCGUGUACCCGCCCGAGGCUAGACGCGCUCUGAUUAAUUAUAAGCGGCACUUGGGUAACGCGCGGAUGCGCCUCGCUGACACCUUACGCAUGCGCCAGGUAGAGCUUGAAGACUACGGCGUAACACCCGCCGAGAAUGGGGGCCACGGCGACGUUGGAGAGCAGAGCAAUAAAGAGCGGACGAUGCGUGAGAUGGCGAGGGUGUGGCGCGAGAUGGAAUCACGGCUUCACGAAGUAAAGGGAGACCUGGAUCGACUAAGAUAACCGAUUCAUCCAGCCGAGCAACCCGUUACGCACUCUCCCCCCCCCUCUCUCUCUCCCCCCUACUUUUCUUUUAAUCAUGGACAUGAUGAAUACCCUAAGACCUUGUUAUUUUAUGGAUGAAGAGAGCUAGUAAUGAAUUCUAUUUGCGUA